GUCUGAGCCCGCAAGCCGCGCUGCCCGCUGUGGCGCACCGCAUGUUUCGCACGAAAAUUCCAAUUGCGAAUUUCUGUGAACUUUUGAUAGCGCAAAUGCCUACGUCCCGCGGUUUUUCGCUCAGUUCAAAAGUUCGUUCGCAAGUAUUAUGUGGUAUAUAAUUAGUUUCAUCAAUUAAUUCGUGCAUAGAUAAUCGUAAUCUGCACUCGUGUUGUGUACGUUUUUGUGAAGUGCUUCGAUAUCUAUGACUAAUUGGAUACGACUGUGAUUAUUGACUUACAUCUGUACGAUAUGUUCGAAUCGAGUGUGAGCGGUGUAACUUGUUGAGAUUUGUUAUGGUUUAUGAGGUAGAGAGCCAUGCGCUUGUUCUGGGUGUGUUUGAGUGCGGCGCUGUACGCGGCGGGCGAGUGCGCGAGCGCCGACGAUACUGUGACCGUCAUACAAAAGGGGUUAAGUUUCAACGAAGUCCAUGUGCUACCUCUAAACAGUUCUGUUGAGUACAUUCUCCAAUUCAAGUCGCCGGACAGCAACAACCUACAGCCGAGCGUGCUGUGGGCGCAUACCACCGCCGGCGACGACACGCACCCAGUCCUCAUUACAGUACGCCAGCGCUCAGGUGCUCUGACAUGGCAGCUGCCGUACAGGUCGGAGGGCCAGGAGCUGAACGAGUUGGAGCGGACACUCUGCCCCGAUGACACCGCCGAGCGACGGGGCGAUGAUGAUGGCUGCGUUCACGAAUGGGGUUCGUUUUCGCUGCACGUAUCAACGUCGUGUACUAGCACGUCGCUCAGCGUGCGCGCUUCGCAGGCGACCACGUGGCACAUCACCAUUGACACGCCGCUCACCGUCGCAGCCACACUGUGGUCGCCGCGCACGCUGCACUAUCGUUUCGGCGCCGACGCCAGCGACGUGCGGCUCGUCAUCAGCUCGGAGACGGACAUAUGCGCCACCGUCAUCGUGCAAAACUACACGUGUCCCGUUGUGCAAAAUGUGCAAGACACGUCAAUCGGUAUGAUGCGCAUGACGAUGGUGCGAUCAGCGGCCGUUCAGAUAUCGCGCGAUACAUACCCGAAUGGUGUCUACGUGACGAUGAUCGUGAUGCGGGCGGACGAGGAAUGCAGCGGCGAGGUAGAGGUGGACUCGGACUGGCUGUACGAGACCGCGGUAUUCAUUAGCACCGGCACCGCCGCCCGGAGCGUCUCGCAGCGGCAGAAGACGUUUAAUAUAACUGUACAGAAGGCGCUAUCGCGUGCGCAGUACCUGUGGGCGGCCGGGGCGACGAUAGCGCUGUUCGCGUUAUUCUACGCGCUGGUUGGCGCACUCGUGCUGGCGCAGCGCUGGCCGCCCUUCGCCAAGUACGUGCUGCCGCGUGCUGUGCUCGCUGACCAGACGGACGAUGUUGCUGUAGAAGAUGCUCGACCGGGCAGUGAGGCUCAAGCGACCCGCCGGCGUCGUGACUCAGUCGCGACAUACGACAGUAGUGACAACAGUGACAGCGACAGCGAGUACGAGUCGGCAACGCCCUCCCGUGCUGACCGCUCAUCGCCCAAUGACGUCACCGGUCACACCAGCGUGCAGGAAAAUGGCGGCAUCUACAUUGACACUACGUACGACACUAGCGCGCCCGGUAGAGACGAUACGGGGACAGAGAGCCAAAGACAGGGUCCAUUCGGUCUCCCAGCACGUUUGCACCUGGCGGCGCUGGCGCGGCGCGGGCACCGCACGCUGCGUGCGCGCUCCGACCGCUACCUGUACAUGCUAGCUACAGUCGCCGUGUUCUACGCGCUGCCUGUUGUGCAGUUCGUCAUUGCGUUUCAAGUUGUGAUGAACGUGUCGGGCUCGCUGGACAUUUGCUACUACAAUUUCUUGUGCGCGCAUCGUCUCGGCGCGCUGAGCGACUUCAACCACGUGCUGUCCAACCUCGGCUACUUACUGCUGGGGGCGCUGUUCCUGCUGCAGGUGCGCCGUCGUCGCAGCCGCCGCAAACGGCAACCGCGACAUGAGGAGUACGGCAUCCCGGCGCACUACGGGCUGCUGUCGGCGCUGGGGCUGGGCAUGAUCGUGGUGGCGCUGCUGUCCGCCAGCUACCACGUCUGCCCCAACCGCCUCAACUUCCAGUUUGACACGGCAUUUAUGUACGUGCUGGCAGUGCUGAUAAUGGUGAAGAUCUACCAGACGCGCCACCCCGACGUCAACGCGCGCGCGCACGCCACCUUCGCCGUACUUGCCGUACUCAUAGCGCUCGUGGUAUGGGGCGUACUGGGUGGCGGGCCGGUGUUCUGGGGCGUGUUCACGCUGCUGCACAUCUUCACCUUCCUGCUGCUGUCCCUCAGGAUUUACUACCUCGGCCAGGUGCGGCUAGAGAAGCAAAGCCUGACGUUAGCUGCGGCGGAACUACGUAAGGACCUACGGCCGCUGUACGGCGCGCGGAUGGUUAUGCUCGUCAUAGGAAACGCUCUCAAUUGGUCCUUCGCGUUCUACGGGCUCGUGACACAGAGCAGCGACUUCGCCGGCCACCUGCUGACGGUGUUGCUAGGCAACGCGCUGGUGUACAUGGUGUUCUAUCUCGCCAUGAAGCUGGUGCACGGCGAGCGGCUGCGCUGGUACGCGUGGGCGCUGCUGGCGGCGGCGGCGGCGUCCUGGGUGCCGGCACUAUACUUCUUCGUGUCGGGGUCAUCUGACUGGUCGACUACCCCUGCUCUCUCCAGACAUUAUAACCACGAGUGCAAGGUUCUUCAGUUCUACGACUCACACGAUCUGUGGCACAUUUUGUCGGCGAUUGCGCUGUAUCUUUCAUUCAGUGCAAUUCUGACUUGGGACGAUGGCUUAUCUGCGGUGAAACGAACGGACAUUCCAGUUUUUUAAUUAUAGUUGUUAAUGUUAAUAUUUGUAAAUAAAUGAAGUUUAUU